AUGGAGCGCCACGAGCCGUGGCUGGCUGGCUUCAUCGCCUCCGGCAUAGCGGAGUGGUUGCGCAUGAGGAGCGACGGCCGGCCCUCGACAGAAUAUUGGUACAAAACCGAUGCGACAAACAUUACAAUCCACAGCUCGACGCAGUUGCACAGGCUGCCCCCUUCAGAGGGGUUUUGGCCGCCCAAGGCACUAGAGAGCAAAGUGUCUGACGGAAGUCACUCUAUCCCAGCGAUAUUCUUCCAAGAGGCAGCUACACAAAUCUCUCAUUCGUACGCACAGUCGAGUCUGAACGACCAUCAAGUGGUGGUUGCCCGAGUCACCGACCCGUACAUCAAUAUUACCGCCCAUUGCCAUCCUCCGCGCGCAGAAUUGCUUAUCAACGUGGUGGAAAUUGUUCGCGUUCGCGCCGACGCUAACACACUUGGUGUUGGAUCGCCUGUCAGUGAUGCUGCGCUGGUAAAGCAAAGACUGCUUGAGUGCUCUGAAGACGACCAAAAGAGAUUGUGGAUCAGCCUAAACAGAAUGAGAAAGAGAAAAAGAAUGGAGAGCAGCCCAGAGUCCAUCAAAUCGCAGCCUGAUUUCAGCCCGAACGGCGAUACACACGUCGAAGAUGAGGAGGAUGUAUCAGUGUCUCAAUUAAAUUUCUGCACCCAAGCCCCCUUUCCGGCCAGACAAAGUCUACAUGGCACUGAAGCGCACAUGGUGGCCAAGAACAAGCCGACAGGAUCAAGGGUGCCGGAAGAUCAACGCCCGGCGCAGGCCGGAGCGUCACGCAGAGCUCGAACGAAAGCGCGAUCUCCCAGUCCAAUCAACACCCAACUUGUCAGUCAAGUGCCGGUUGGUGUCUCAAGCAAGGAUUUGUCGCCCGGCCCAGGAAAUGUUGACAACCCGGUCGCAAAUAACUCACAUGUACCAAACAAGGGUGAAACACGACCUGUUGAGAAGCCAGUAUCCCGACCUGCCCAAUCGCCGGAUCACCGCGGAAAUGAAACAAACCGGGAGGGAGUUGCAGAUCAGCCUGUGGUGCAAGCAGAGAGUCAUCUGUUGGUGCCCGCAGAAUCACUUGGAUUGUCUAAGCCCGCAUACACGAGCAAGCCAUCGCGGAAUUUCGAUCGGUGGCGUCAAGAAGCACGAGCAGGAAGAUACAUCCCCAGAUAUAUCCAAAAUAUUCCCAAGGACCAGCAGGAAAUAUUGGAUUCUGAUCAGAGCUGGCAGCCCUCUCUUGUUGGCCAGCCAGCAAGAGAGGGACAGGUGCCUUUGGUGCUGCUGGAGCGGUUGAGCAAUGCGGCUGACAACCACAAUGAGGGGACCGAUGCAUCUGCCACCCUCUCGAAUGUCCCUGAUAAUGGAUCCCAACUGACCGGGGACGAUGCUGUCACACAAGGCGACCCGUUUGAGUCAAAAGUGGAAGAAAACUCGAGCGAUUCGGAGGAGCCCCUCAGUGAGUGGCCCUCCAGUCCUCCGACUCAGGAACGUAGGCGUAAGUUGCCUCCGGAUAGCCCAUCAGUGCUUCCCCACCAGUUACAACCGGAACCCGAUCCCGCCAGCUCUCCAAGUCAGCAGAAGGACAGCCCAAACCCACCGAAAUCAAAGUCAUCAAGUCCUGGGGUCGACCUCGAAAGCAAGAAGAAUAGCUGUCUCGAUGGCAGCGAUGACCACAGUGAUCGCCCUGGUGAGCUGGAAGCGCUGGAAACCAUUGACCGUCCCCUGAACAAAACAUCGGAUCUUCCUGAGCCACCCCGACAAGCCACGAUAGGAGAUGAGCUAAUAGCGUCGGAUGAGCGGGCUAGGGAGCAGAAUACAACAGAACCACCGUCAAGGCAAAUUACGGGUGCUCGCUCUGUUGAUUUGCUGCCGCGUUGGGAUAGUUCGACCAGCACCAGCCAUUCAAGGCAGCUAUUGGUGUACACAGCCAACGGCUCCAGGAACGAAGAGUAUGACAACGAUCUGGAAGGCAGUCGUCUUGUGUCUUCGGCAAAUAAGGACACUACCAGUAAUGCGAAGGUCGUCCAGGUCAAGCGGACACCAUACGUGGGAAAAGAACCCGUUCAUGUGCGGCUUGGGUCGGCACUGGUAGUCAAAUCACACCAAGGCGGGCUCACAAAUACACAGUCGACGUCGUUAGGCUAUGUUCCCAGUACUUUUGAUGAACCGGCACAGGGGGUUCAGUCCAGCCCGAAGGCGGAACGAAAUGUUGAGGAUUCAAUGGAAACAAGGCGAAUAUAUGCUCGGAGAUCGGAAGCCACUGAAUCAACUGACAGACACUUGGACUCAACAGAAAGGCAGACCGAGCACUUCGUGGCAACUAAAGAUCAGUUGUCAGCGGAAGAAGGACCGGCCAAGUCUGUCGACUGGGACCAGUCGAUGGUUACAGCACCCCAGCAGUGCGAGGUACACACGACAGUUGAGGCCAAUAAAGAGGAGCCGAUUGAGAAAUGUCGAUUGGAACAACCGCAGCAGUCUACACCGGCGGGUUUACCAAACCGUGAUGGUAUUCUCACAUCAAACCCAUAUCACAGGGUCCCUAGUAAGAAUGAUGCACAAGAACCGGAGCUCGAAACAAACGGCCAGAAACAGUCCUCGAAAAGGCAAGGAAGAGACGCCGCGGGCCCAGGUGACCCGGAAAAGGCAGCACGCACAAGCAGAACAGUCAGCGGCCAGAAUGCACCUGAUGAGGACUAUGGCCAACUCUUAGAAAAGCUGCGAGAGUACCGCCGACAAAAGUUGACCUCCUUGAGUGUGCCGAAACCGUCGAAAGCGCGUACAGCAUCUGCUCCAGGGCCCGACAGCGAUGGGUCCACUGAUGCGAAGGCUGUGCCGUUACACGCUCAUGAAAACCGUAUUGGCACUCCGGGAUCAGCGGGUGCAUCGCUGACAUCUUCUUCGACACCCAUAUCUCGUGUGUCCACUUACGACGAAGGAAGAAAGAGUGAACCGAGAAGUAAACAACAAGCCCUCACGGCAAUGCAAGGUCCCACGGCAGACGGCCAGGACAGAUUGUUUUCCAAGUUCAAGGUGACUUAUGCUGAUUAUGAGGGAACGUACCCAGAUUUUGUCAAUUCAUGCAACGUGCUCCGCAAGAUCCUUGCCUCUGGUCAAAUGCUACAUCCAUCCCUUUUCGACGAUGCGGUCUUCCACCACUAUCAUAGCUACCGACGGUAUCUGAGUGAGGAGGCGUUCAGUGCCCUUGUUCCGUUAUCCUUUUACGAUUUCUACAAUGAACGGAUCGAAGAGCCUUCACAUACAAAAAGGGUACUUACCAAGGCAAGUCUCUCUACUGCGCUGGCAGAAAUUUCUGCAACGGCACACGAGCCAUUCGGAGACGUUCUGGACGGCAAGAAGCGAGACCGCCAAGUUACUCAGUCUUACAACUCGCCCCUGAUGAACGAGACGGACAGAAGCAGGGAUGUCUCAAGGCUCAGUUCAGCCUCACGACAGCCAAUCGAUCACGGCCCGAUCGCAUACAAAAAACGGCCCAGCGAUGCCGUGGAGAAAUGGCGCAAAGAAGCAUCCGGAGCGGCAUCGCCAGAGUUGGGAACUCCAGACUUGAAUCGAAGGGUAUCCGACAUUGCCAUUCUUCCUCUGGACGUGGACGACAGUUCAACAACCGCCAUGCGCGACAACCAACAACCUCCGUCCUCCUCGUUGGAUAGCAAACACUCUGCUCGCACGUCCAGGAAGAGGGUUCUACCAUGGGACACGGAUGUGGAUGUCCAAAUCCAAACCGUCAAGCCGAAGCCAACACUGUCCAGCAGAAUGUCACUACCUCUGCCGCCGCCGGCAAAACCUCACAAUCACAUUUCGAAACGACCACGACUGUCAGCUAGUCCGUUUGUGCGAAAACCUGGUCGGAGAUCGAGUCCGAGACCUGCAGUGGACAACAGAAAACCCUUUCGUUCGUCGGAAGUGGUCGAGAUGCCUGAGAAAUGGUGGGAAGAUCCUCAUACGCCAUACAAGAGGUUUGUGGAGAAUUAUGAUCGAUUAUGGUCUACUAGGCAGGAGAAAGGCUUGGAGACGACAAGAGAUACAACUGUGCCUGCGUCGCCGGAUUCGGAAUCGAAAUCGCCCAAGGUACCCAUGGGUGGUCAAGGGAUCGACAUUUUUGCCUGGAGGACUUGA